AUGGGCCAGGAAGAAGCGGACCGGUUCCGUCUCGUUUCCUACUCAUCUCUCCGCCAGGGCAUCGACCCACGAAUUCCGCUCUCCAUCGUCUGGCUCUUUCUCAUGUUCAUCCUGGUCACAGGCCUCAUCUUUUUAACACCACUCACUACGGCUCGCCAUAACCCAUAUGAUCGUCUACAUGAAAUCCACGACUGGCAACAGGUACCCCGCGACAAUAUCCCAACUCGAUACGAUUUAUACUUCAAAUUCUUUCUGCCCUACCGCCCGGGAGUUGAUUUUGGGCGCCGCAAUUUUACAUUUGACGGUUUUGCCAAGAUAACAUUUCGUUGUGAACGCCCAAAUCAAAAAAUCCUCUUCCACUCAAUUCGACAAGGAAACUUUUUGAUACAGGUAUUUGAUGAAAAGCAGCACGAAGUGAAAAUCACUGAUUUCUACCAUAACCAUACUCAAGAAGUGCUCCAUAUUGAUGUUGAAGAUGUAUUGACGCUAGGGGCCACAUAUACAGUACAACUCAACUAUACUGGCAUCUUUUUGAACGCAAAUUGGACUGGCGUCUACGCAGCUCCCUAUCAGUACUAUAAGGAGAAACACUGGAUGCUGACAACCCAUCUUCAAACGGUCGAUGCCCGCCGAAUGUUCCCAUGUCUUGAUGUCCCAGAGGCAAAAGCCAAAUUUCAGGUGCAAAAUCUGAUU